GUCCAAACGGCCGGGACCAGCCCGCCCACCACCGGGCCCUCCCUACGCUGGUGCCCGCCGCACCCGCUGCCGCCCCCCACCUCCUGACUGUCUUCAGGGAGCCCCCGCCGCCCGUCUGACGGUUUUCAGGGACCCCCCACCGCCCGUCUGACGGUUUCAGGAACCCCCCCCCGCCCACUAACUUCUGCCGGGCUGAAGAUCGGCCGGGACACUCCGCUGCCUGCAGGAGCACCCCCCAAACUCUGCUGGACUGACGGUCAGAUGGGACACCCCACUGUCCCCUAGGACACCCCGAUAAAUUCUGCAGGGCUGAAGAUCCCCCGGGACCCCCCAAUGCCUGCAGGAGCACCCCAUUAACAUCUGCUGUCCAGACAGUCUGCUGGGACAUCCCCCUGUCCCCUAGGACACCCUGCUAACUUCUGCUGGGCCGAAGAUCCGCCGGGACCCCCCAGUGCCUGCAGGAGCACCCCAUUAACAUCUGCUGCCCAGACAGCCUGCUGGUACACCCCACUAUCCCCUAGGACACCCUGAUAACUCCUGCUGGUCUGAAGAUCUGCUGGGACACCCCGUUGCCUGCAGGAGCACCCCCCAAACUCUGCUGGACUGAUGGUCAGCUGGGACACCCCACUGUCCCCUAGGACCCCCCGAUAACUCCUGCUGGGCUGAAGAUCUGCUGGGACACCCCGUUGCCUGCAGGAGCACCCCCCAAACUCUGCUGGACUGACGGUCAGCUGGGACACCCCACUGUCCGCUAGGACACCCCGCUAACUCCUGCUGGGCUGAAGAUCUGCUGGGACACCCCGUUGCCUGAAGGCGCACCCCACUAAACUCUGCUGGACUGACUGUCAGCUGGGACACCCCACUCUCCCCUAGGACACCCCGAUAACUUCUGCUGGGGUGACUGUCAGCUGGGACACCCCACUGUCCCCUAGGACACCCCGCUAACUUCUGCUGGGCUGAAGAUCCGCCGGGACACCCUGCUAACUUCUGCUGGGCUGAAGAUCCGCCGGGACACCCCAAUGCCUGCAGGAGCACCCCACUAAACUCUGCUGGACUGACGGUCAGCUGGGACACCCCACUGUCCACCAGGACACCCCACUAACUUCAGCUGGUCUGAAGAGCCGCCGGGACACCCCAGUGCCUGCAGGAGCACCCCACUAAACUCUGCUGCCCAGACGGCCUGCUGGGACACCCCCCCACUGCUUACAAGAGCACCCCAUUGAUCUCUGCUGGUCAGUUGGCCUGCUGAGACACCCCACUAUCUUCAGGAGCACCCCGCUAACCUCUGCUGGUCAGACGGUCUGCUGGGUCAGCCUGCUGAGACUCCCCACUGUCUGCAGGAGCACCCCCCUAACCGCUGCUGGUCGACUAGGACACCCUGCCAAACUCUGGUCGGACGGCAUGCCGGGACGCCCCACUAGCUACAAGAGCACCCCGCUAAACUCUGCCGGUCAGACGGGCUGCCGGGGCACCCCACUGUCUGCAGGAUCACCCCGCUAAACUCUGGUCAGACGGCCUGCUGGGACACCACACUGUCUCCUAGGACGUCCCGCUAAACUCCGCUGGUCAGGCGGCCUGUUGGGACACCCCACUAUCUUCAGGGGCACCCCUCCAUCUGACGAUCUUCGGGGGCACUGUAGUUGUGAGGGAUUUGGGCCGAGUCGGCGGGCUCCGCGACUCCCUUUGUGUUGGGCAGCCUCCGGCCAGUCCUCGUCCUUGACCGCUCCGUUCAUUGGGGGUCGCCAAGGGGAAGGGGCCGGGAUGAUGGGGUCCGAGCCGUGCCGGGCCGGGUGGGCCCUCGGGGGGCUGCGGCUAGCCCUGGCCCUGACGCUGAUCAGCCUGGGACAAGCCCAGGACCAGUCGUCGUGCCACGGCGCCUUCGACCUCUACUUUGUGCUGGACAAGUCUGGCAGCGUGUCCGAGAACUGGAUCGAGAUCUACGAUUUUGUCCAGCAGCUCACGGACCGAUUUGUCAGCCCACGGAUGAGAUUUUCCUUCAUCGUGUUUUCCUCCCAAGCGACUAUCAUUUUGCCGUUGACCGGUAGCAGAAAUGAAAUAAACAAGGGCCUCACAGAUCUAAAACAAGUCCAACCGGCAGGAGAGACGUACAUACACUUAGGAAUACAAAAGGCAAAUGAACAAAUUCAAAACGCGGGAGGGCCGAAGACCUCCAGCGUGGUGAUCGCCCUGACGGACGGUAAACUGGACGGGAUGGUGCCGUUGCUUGCGGAGAAAAUGGCGGCUGAAUCCAGAAGCUUGGGAGCCCGAGUUUAUUGUGUCGGGGUUCUUGAUUUUGAACAAGAGCAGCUGGAAAAAAUCGCAGAUUCCAAAGACCAAGUCUUCCCCGUCACUGGAGGAUUCCAAGCCCUGAAAGGAAUAAUCAAUUCCAUAUUAGAACAAUCAUGUACAGAAAUAUUGGAAUUGAAGCCAUCAAGUGUCUGCGUGGGGCAGGAGUUUCAGGUUGUUCUACAAGGCAGAGGGUUCAUGCUUGGCAGAAGAGGAGAGAGCGUGACCUGCACGUAUGCUGUAAACAAGACAAUCAUUAACGAAAAGCCGAUAAGUGUUCAAAGCAAUUCCGUGCUCUGCCCAGCCCCCACCUUACACCAAGUUGGCGAAACCCUAGAUGUGUCUGUGAGUUUGAACGAAGGGCAGUCUAUCAUCUCGAGCUCCUUGACAAUCACAGCCGUGGAAUGUUCCAGCGGAGCAGCGGUCGUCAUCGCCAUCCUGGUGCUGCUGUUGCUGCUUGCCAUCGGCCUGCUCUGGUGGUUCUGGCCCCUUUGCUGCAAAGUGGUCAUCAAGGACCCCCCUCGACCGCCUCCGCCAGCCCCUAAAGAGGAAGAAGACGAUCCUCUGCCGAACAAAAAGUGGCCCACCGUGGACGCGUCCUACUACGGGGGCCGAGGAGUCGGAGGGAUUAAAAGAAUGGAGGUUCGCUGGGGUGACAAGGGUUCCACUGAAGAAGGCGCGAGGUUGGAAAAAGCCAAAAAUGCGGUGGUGACUGUCCCCGAAGAGGCAGAAGAAUCUUUCAGUCCCAGGCCUCCGAGACCCAAACCCACCUACCAGGCUCCUCAGACAAAGUGGUACACCCCGAUUAAGGGUCGGCUCGACGCGCUCUGGGCUCUGCUGAGGCGGCAGUAUGACCGGGUUUCUCUGAUGCGACCGCAGGAAGGAGAUGAGGGCCGAUGCAUCAACUUCUCCCGAGUGUCAUCUCAGUGAAUGAGAAACAGGGGGACCGGGAAGGUACGAAGAGGGGAGAACAGCCUCACCGCCAAUUUGACCCCAUAUACGGACCGUUGAGCCCUUCCCUGAAUUCCUCAGGACCUGGAUCUGUCUGCCUUUGCCCAGAGAGUUCUUGCCCGCCAUCUUCUCCUUCUCAGAUGCCGCCAGCCAACUCUGCCUGCACCAAACUGCCUCCUCACUUGUCCCGUCCUCUCCUGAGGAACCCCGAACACGGUGAUGGUGGCGAUGGGCGAUUUUUGGCAACGGACCCGUAGGGCAGUGGUUGUGACAGAAACUCCGCUCCACGUGCUUAGGA